UUGAACAUCAUUUUAUUCUUCUAAAUACUCCUACCAUUUAUUCUUUUGCAGAGUAUAGAGCAUUUAAGCUCAAUGACUAUGGGGUCUUAUCACCAAUUUCUAUGCCCAAUUCUUUUGAUAAUUUCCAUGGUGAUUCUCGCCUCUUCAUCAUCCUCUCAAGCAUACAAAUUCAUUGUUGGAGGCAAAGAUGGCUGGGUGGUGAAGCCCUCAGAAAAAUACAGCCAUUGGGCAGAAAGAAACCGAUUUCAAGUCAAUGAUACCCUUUAUUUCAAGUACAAGAAAGGAUCUGAUUCAGUGGCAGUGGUUACAAAAGAAGACUAUGAUGCAUGCAACCCCAAGAACCCCAUUCACAUAAUGGACGGUGGAGAUUCAACGUUCCAAUUUGAUAGAUCAGGUCCCUUUUUCUUCAUCAGUGGCAACGUUGAGAACUGCCAACAUGGUCAAAAGCUGAUUGUUGUAGUUCUGGCGGUCAUACACAACCAGCACCACCACAGUGAUCAAUCACCAUCUCCAUCUGCACCGCCGUCAUCCCCCGUGCCUCCUCCAGCGGAAGCUCAACCACAUGUUAGGAGCGGCCCAUCCCCAAUGCCGAGUCCAGGCCCAUCCGGCAUAGAGGCCCCGGCACCGGCUCCGGCAAGUCAUUCGGGUUCUACAAGGCUUGGUGGUGUCGCUUUGGGUGUUAGUGUUGGGGUGGCUUUGUUGUUCUUUGUUUAAUUUGCUUCCAUUUGGGCAUCAGAAUUUCAGUAUUAGUUGUUUUUGUUUUGUUCCAUUUUGGUUUGAUUUGGUGUAUUGUUGUUUUCAAUUUUAGUUUUUGAUGAUGCCCCCCUCUAAACCCAUUGUUUUAC